GGACAAGUUAAUGGAGGUAAAUGGUUGUCACAACAGAUCACACUUAACAGUGUUUCACGAGUGACACAGAAAUAGUUGGGACUCACGUUUGCCAUCUGGCCACUUACUAAAUGUGAUGUCUGAACUAAGGCACCUCAGUGCCCAUGUCAUGCCGUCAGAUGCUUUUGCUGGAGACUCUGGGAGUGAAAAUGAGUGUCCUAGAACCUGUCCCAAGUCAUUUACAACUGCCUAUUGCUGUAACAUGUCACUGGAUACGUUGUUCAGAACCACGAGUGAAGCUGAACCAGUUAAAGGCUCUGCUUCUGAUGAUAGUUUCUGGAGAACUGCAGAGGAUAACCGAUGAUCCAGAUCCCACAGUUCUACCUGCUGAAGAUGACAACAUUGCAUAUAAGGAAUUUCUAAAAUGGAAGGAAAAGAAACUGGAAAAUAACGACUUCGAUUUAGAUGCUGCACACAGUUUUUGCCAGUGGCAGUGCUGUCUUCAAAUGGGAUUGUAUCUCAACCAGCUACUUGGUACUCCUCUCUCUGAGCCAGACCUAAGUAGGCUUUACACUGGGACCCUUGUGCACAGACUGUAUCAAGAGCUCAAAUCAGCACCUUCAGUAGAAAAUCUGUUUAUCUCGUCUCCAAAAAUGGCUCAGCUUUAUCUGGUUUUGUUAAAUACAGUGGAGUCAGUGGUAUCUCCAGACUUCUUUCAGACAAAGAUGAAGACCAGAUCAGGGUCCUGCAAAAAGAGGAAAGCAUCUAACAAGAAAAAACCAACCAGAUGUGCUAGGCCAGAAACUCAGCAUUUCUGCAAUGUUAAUAGGUUUGCAUCACUGGAAGUGGAUGACUGAAAACAUUAUUCUUGGAAUAACUUCUCAUGCCAUGCUGAUGAGAGAAGUAACAUUAAAUUAUGUGACUGUAUUGGAAUUUGCUCAACUGUUUUCAGACAAGUUCCUGAUUCAGUCUUUACCAAAAAACUUGCUUCAGGAGAUCUUUUUUAUUUACCUUUUUGUAACUUACAUUUGUAUAAAAGAAAUGCUGUCUAAAA